AUGAAGCAGGUAGAAUUCUUGCAGAAGCGCAUGGACGAGAACCCGGAGUAUGAGGGCCUCGUCGCUCUGACCGAUCUGCAUGCUCCAGACUACGAUCCUGAGCUUUGUGGCGGAGUUGUAUUCGAGGACGGCAUGCGACACAUUCAUGCAGUGACACGAGAUGGAGAGGUCAUCGCAGGCAUGGACGUCUUCCGCAGAAUCUACAGCAUAGUCGGGAUGCAGUGGGUCUAUGAGAUUACGACCCUUCCAGUUGUCGGAGCAUUCUUUGAUUGGUUGUACGACUGGUUUUCAGAGUACCGCCUCAAGGCUGCAGGGCGCGAGGACAUUCUGGAAAAGGUACAUAAUCAUCAAGCCAAGAUCCAGGAACUUUCGCAAACCGAGUGCGAGGAUGAAUGCGAGGUUGAUUGGGAUGAGCUGACGAUGCCCAAGUUCUCGAAAAUGUCUACAGGUCGAUGA